GCGGGGCCACGUGGCUGCUGAGCUGCACUGCGAGGCGCGUAAUGUCAGUAUCGCCCUGCAGCACCGAGCUCACCUCGGGAACCACCUCCAGCAGGGGAAAAACACAGCAACACACGUGGGAGGGGAGGUGGAGCGGGGUGAGACUUGUCACGGGUGGGAGGUGUCAGCAGCCAAGGGCUUAUAGGGGCUGUGGGGAACACGGAGCUCUGUCACAGCUGGUGCAGGAGCUGAGCAGUGCCGGGUGAGGUCUGCACGCUCACGAUGGACCCCCUGAGCACCCCCCCUCCUACCAUUGAAGUCACUGAGCAGCUCCUGGGUAACUCCUGUCAGAUCCACGAUGGGUUCCUCUCAGUGACGCUGCCUGUGAUGUACUCCCUGAUCUUUGCCAUUGGGCUGCUCAGCAAUGUGCUGGCACUCUGGGUGUUUUCACACAGCAUGCAGCGCCAGACCUCCAUCACUGUGUACAUGAGGAACCUGGCACUCUCCGACCUCCUGCUGGCCCUCUGCCUGCCCUUCCGCAUCGCCUUCCAGGACAGGAGUGAGCCCCGUGUCUUUUGUAACAUCGUUGGGGCCUUCUUCUACCUCAACAUGUAUGUCAGCAUCACCUUCCUCAGCCUGAUCAGCCUGGACCGCUACCUGAAGAUCAUCCGGCCCCUCCAGAAAUACAGGAUUCACACCGUGUCCCGCAGCAUGUUGGCCUCUGGGAUGGUUUGGGUGGUGAACUUUGCCUUCAUGCUGCCUUUCUUCUUUGAGAAAAGAGGGAAGGAGUCCUGUGACCAUAAAUGCUUCCACUUCAGGAGCAAAAGCACCACGGCAGCAGCCCUCAACAUGGCCGCAGUAGCUGCCUUCUUCAUUGUGCUGCUGCUCUUCCUCUACUUCUAUGGCAAGAUAUUUGCCAAGCUGCACCAGGUCUCCUCAAUGAAGGCCCAGCAGCUGAACAAGAAGACCAGCAUGAGAGCCAUCACCAAGACCUUCGUGGUCCUGAUCAUCUUCAUCGUCUGCUUCACCCCAUACCACACUGUCCGCAUCCCUUACAUCCUGGCGCAGAUUGGGGCCAUUUCCAGCCUGCCCUGGAAGCAAGGUCUGCACCUUGCUAACGAGCUCGUGCUCUGCAUCUCAGCCCUCAACAGCUGCCUCGACCCCAUUAUCUUCUUUUUCCUGUCCAGCAGUUUCCGCAGGGCUGUGCUCUGCACCAUUCAGGGCAGGCUGAAGGGAGCCCUGCUGAGCAACCAGGGCAGGCUAACCCCCAGCAGGUCUGUGACAGAACUGUAGGGUCAAGGUCCGGGGAAUGGGAUUUCCUCAUUGCAGAUUGGCUUUGGCUGCUGGUAUUUAUGGGAAAAGGCUUGCUGGGAAGAUGGAACCAGUACACCACACAUGGCUUGGUAGUAUGGUGUGAUGGGCCAGGGUUGGCCUUGGUGAUCAUAGAUUCCUUUUUCCAGCCAUAAUGAUUCCAUGAAUCUACAAUUCAUGUAAUACCAUGAGGAUCAGAGCCUCCAUGGGAGUAAACAAGGAGGAAAGGACAGCUGGGGUCCCAGCUUGUUCCUACCACAGCUGACAUGGCUGAAGAGCACAUUUCUGAGCACGAACAAAGCUGGAAGUGCCAAAGGAGAUUUGGCCUUGGCAGCCCAGAGGAGCAGAGCUGCAGGCAGAGCUGGGCUCCUUCACAGACAGAGGAGAGGAGAGGGGAGGAGUGAAAAGGAGAAUGGGCAGUGAAUCAUUGCUGAGGACACGUCGCCUUCUCACCAGAAAGGGGGAGAAAGGGAUGGGACAGGAGAGGUACAAAAACAUCAGGGAAAGAUGAGGUGACACUCAUCAAAGCAUCAUUCGUGGAGCAGGGGAAUAUUUUGUUCCAUGAUGGAGCCCAGAGAUGAGCACUGACAGACUUGCACAGCAGACCUGCCAGGAAAUGCUGCAGCCCUGCAACCACAAACCAUGUUGACAACAGCUCUAUCCUCUCAUUAUCGCAGCCUCUGUAACCUCAGUGCCUCUGUGCACCGCAGACAGAGAGUUUGGGGCUUCCUUUAGCUCUUUGCUCUUAUCAGCAGCACAUUUGCAGGGGCUGGCAGCUCUCCUGGGCACAGCACAGCUCGCUUGGGGCCAUUGCUUCAGGAAGGUUGCGGUGGGCAGAGAGGCUGCAGUGCCCACUGAGCCCCAAUGGGAGCAGCCUGCUUUGAGCUUCUCAGCUCUGCUCUUCUGCAGCAGCUCCUAAAGAGAAACCCUCAAGGGAUGUGCAAGUGUUGCUGCCUUCAUCAGCACCUGUUCCCUUCCUGCAGAAGGGAAUAUUUCUCUGUAUUUUUAUCCUGUUCUGUGCCCACACCUCAUUUGUUCCUUUAUUUUUAAGGCAGAGCAGAGGCAGAGAGCAGCCUGCCCUCCCUGUUGGGCAGCAGAGCUGGGCACUGAGGGGUGGGGGCUCGUUCAGACCAGUCUGGUAUAGCAACCACAAAUCUCCAACACCUGAAUAAUACUUGGGAGAAUAAAAAUGUUUCCUUAAA